AUGCUAGGAGAGGGACAAACAGCAAACGAUUAUGUUUUACAAAAUCAUACUAAAAAUGAAGGUUCACAAGAUAAAUUAUCUUCAAUAUCUACAACCUCUUAUCAUCCCGAAUAUCCACCAACACAUAUAUUUAAUAAUUUAUCACCCGAAUACCCUGAUUUCCAAUAUAUUUUAGAUGAUGAGAGUUUAAAUUCUUGUCAAAAUGGUAUAUUACCAGACGAAUGCCCCGGUAAUAAAUUAAAUUUUGAUAGUAAUGGUAUUGGCAUACUAGGGUGUGGUAUUGGCACUACGCAUUCUGGGAAUCUUGAAGAUAGUAUGUUACACACUAUUGAUCCAGAAGACAUGGUAGAGUCAAGAAUGAAUGAAUUAACAAGUUCUGAAGUGUCUCAGAAUACAUCUAUUAGAGGAUUUGAAGGUCACCAUACACCUGUACCAGGCUGUGGUAAAGCUAAUCCGACACCACAUGCUGUAAAACCAUGGCAGUUAAUUCCAGAGGAUUUCUAG